AUGCACCGCUUAGUAUUGGUCGACGAGGAGGGCAAGGCCCAGCAAUCUGCCGGUCUUAACGAACUCGAAAAUCAUAAGAGGACGCACACUGGCAUUGUUUGUCUGCUCACGCCCGCCAACAGCACGAAAACAAAAGGACUGGAUUGCUUCCCGGCCCAUUACCUCCUGCCACAACCAUACUGGAAAGGCCACGAAGCUGCCGAGUCUGAGGUCUAG